AUGAUUGAGCUUGGCAAAACAAGGUUGGUGUUCAAUCCAUAUGGUGGGAAAAUGAGCCAAAUUCUGGCCUCUGAGACGCCUUUUCCACACCGUGCAGGGAACUUGUUCAAAAUUCAGUACUCAGUGAAUUGGGAAGAUGCAAGAGAGGAUUCAGAGAAGAAUUAUCUCACACAAAGCAUAAGGCUUUACAGUUACAUGACGCCAUUUGUGUCCAAGAACCCAAGAAGUGCUUUCUUGAAUUACAGGGACCUUGACAUUGGUGUCAAUACAUUUGGUGACAAUAGCUAUGAAGAAGGGAAGGUUUACGGAUUGAAGUACUUCAAUGACAACUUUGAUAGGUUGCUGAAGGUGAAGACUGCUGUUGAUCCAGAAAAUUUCUUCAGGAACGAGCAGAGUAUCCCUACUCUUCCAAGUAAGGCAUAG